AUGACGAUCGUUAACCUAUUCUUCGCGAUUUUCCAAGGUUACCGGACUCUGAUUCCUUACUACGUCGGAACCCGACUAGGAGCUGGUGACCCCGAAGGCGCUAAACUAGCCUUCAAACGCUUCUGCGGAAUGGUGCUCAUACUGUCAUUAAUCUUAGCUUUUAUGCUACUGAUGAUCGGUAUUUUCGGAAUGGGACCAAUCUUCCGUCUACCAGCCGGCAGCAUGCUACUCUUCUACACCCAGUGGCACACCGUCUGGCACGCGUUCGGAUUCUUCUUCCUAUCGUUCACGAUGGUCUUCCUAUCGGUUCUGCGGGCGGGUAGAUCAAUUGCAAAGGAAGCAACAGUGAAAAAAGGUUUUAUCGUUAAAGGUCACAUCGUUUACACUUCAAAACCAAGUCAGUUUGAACUAAUCGAAAAUGGCCACAUCGUUGUGGAAGACGAUGUCAUCAAAGCCGUUGGCAAAGACAUCCCUUCCCAGUACCAUUCUUACCCUGUGAGCGACUACAAGGACAAGUUAAUUAUUCCUGGUCUAGUCGACACCCACAUCCACGCUCCGCAGUUUACUAACCGCGGACUAGGUCUUGACAAGGAGCUUCUGCCUUGGCUAGAAACUUACACCUUCCCCGAGGAAACUAAGUUUAAAGACUUAAACUACGCCCGCAAAGUUUACAACGACUUCAUUACCACGCUUUGGAAAAACGGGGUUACCUCCAGCGUAGUUUUCAACACGAUCCACAAGGACGCGACUAAGCUGCUGUUAGACAUGUUCAAAAAGUCCGGACUUUCAUCGCUAGUUGGAAAAGUUAACAUGGACAUCAACUCACCCGAUAACUUGGUUGAAAAAACCGAGGACUCGCUCCGUGACACCGAAGAAAUCAUUAAAGAAUACCACGGUAAACACCCGUUGGUUAACCCGAUCAUUACCCCGCGUUUUGUGCCGACUUGCUCAGCCAAACUGAUGCAGGGACUGGGAGAUCUAGCCAAAAAAUACCAAGUUCCGGUUCAAUCGCACCUUUCCGAAAACAAAGGGGAAGUGGCUUGGGUCAAGGAACUGUUUCCCGAUUCACCCGACUACGUAUCGGUUUACGAGCGUUUCGGAUUGCUGGAAACUCCAACCGUGAUGGCGCACUGCGUUCAGUCUCAACAACCUGAGAUUGAAAAACUGAAGAAAUACGGCGUAAUUGUUUCCCACUGUCCUUACUCCAACUUUAAUCUUUUCAGCGGAAUUGCCCCAAUUCGACGCUUCUUUGAUAACGGCGUUAAAGUCGGUCUAGGAAGCGACGUUUCCGGCGGACAUGACAACUCGCUUUUACACAACAUGGUGGCAGCGAUCCACGGAUCAAAACUACUCCAAGCUCACUUAGUUGAGAAGGAAAAAGCCCUAACAACUCCGGAAGCAUUUUACUUAGCAACCAAAGGUGGCGGUGAAAUGUUUGGUAAGGUCGGAAGUUUUGAACCAGGCUACCGUUUUGACGCGCUCGUGAUUGACGACCGCUCGCUUGGUCAAAACAAACCGCUUGAUCUAUUUGAAAGAAUUCAGCGCUUUGUCUACAUUGGCGACGACCGCAACAUUGAAAAAGUUUACGUCGGUGGAAAAUUAGUUCCCCAGCCUAAUUUGUUAGAAAAACCGGUUUUUUAACCGGCGCCGAGCACCCAACUAUUUAUGUAGUAAAAUAGUUAAUGAGUACGCGACUUAUCACUAGUCAAGCUACUCGUCGUUAGGUGCGAAUUGCAUAACAAAAAGAAACUAAGUUCGAUCGGACAGGCGCUAGUGGUUGGUUAUGUUUUAACCACGCUGGCGCUUGGUCUGGGCAGCAUCUGAGAUUACAGUUUUAUUGUCGGAUGAAUUUUGGGAUCGCUCAUUAGCGGUGCCAACGCUUGGAUGAAUAGUGCCUACGCCCGUUGGCUCCUUCAAAACAGUGCCAAAGGUUUCGCGCUUGGUUUACUAAGAUCGUGAACUUUGCUGCUUGUGAUGGCGUUAGUUUUAAUCGGCGCCAUCGCUCUCAACAAGUUUUUUAACGGACUCACGUGAUCAGAAAGCAGUUGACUUAGCUUCACCCGACCGGUUAAUGUUUUUACCGGAAUUGGCGGCUACGUCCUGACUAACUACACGUGGGUCGCUUUUCUUUGCCGAAAAUCUGAGCCGGAGCAACUAACCAGUGCAACAACUUAAGGAAGCGUUUUUUUCGGUUAAAUUACAACCCCACAUUUUCUCAAUGAUUUUGGUGGUGUUAAUUUUAAUCGUCUUGUCAAUCGUUGUUUAUCUCAAAGUUAGUAAACAACCGGCUAACCGCGCUCCAGUCGGAGUGGCCCAAGUGGCCGAGCACUACGUGAUGGGAGUUGACAACCUUUACCGCGAUGUGACCGGCAACAAACUUGAACGUCCGGCUCCUUACAUCUUCACUUUGCUAACCUUUUUGGUUUUCGGUAACUUAAUUUCGCUGGUUGGCGUGCCGGCUGUUUCAACUUCUUACAGCGUGACUUUGACUUUGGCGCUCGUUUCGUGAAUGGGUGUUUAC